AUGGCUGGAGGUGAUACCCAUGGCCUUCAUGACUUGAUCCCGCCUGAACAUCGUCCGGUCGCGGAUGUGCUUUUGCAUGCAGGCUUUCGUCGGGGUGCGUGUGAUGCUGUGCGCUGCCAGUCUUGUCCUGAAUGUUUGCGUUUGGGAGGUGACUUCACAAACACCGGGGAGCUUGAGCAAGUCAAGAGCUUAGGCAAGUGGUUGGCAGCAUACCCGGCAAAGGAGAAAAUUGUGAUUGCCGGGAACCACGACAUUACUUUUCACGAGCAGUACUACAAAGACCGUGGUGCCCGGCGCUUUCACCGAGGGGGUGCUUACGAUUGCAGCAAGGUGCGACGUUCACUGGAGGGCUGCACAUACCUAGAGGAUUCUUCUGCAGACGUAUGCGGCUACAAAGUCUACGGGUCGCCCUGGCAGCCUGAGUUCUGCGACUGGGCUUUCAAUUUGCCAAGAGGAGACGAGAUUCGGAAGAAGUGGGAGGCAAUUCCAACGGACACGGACAUCUUACUGGUGCAUGGCCCACCUGCGGGCCAUGGGGACCGUUGUCGGCAUGGCAGGGUUGGCUGCCAGGACCUGCUAGAGGAGGUUCAGCGUCGUGCAAUCUCCGUGGUGGUAGCUGGCCACCUGCAUGAAGAUCAUGGCACCACAACUGACGAGGUUACCUUGUUUGUGAACGCCUCUACAUGUACCUCUGAGUACAACCCGACUCAGCGACCCAUCGUCUUCGAUCUCCCUCCGCGGGAGCUGCUUCGCCCCGUGACAGAGGCUGCAGCUUCGGGCCGGCUUGCACCACAUUGGUCCACAUAG